AUGCCAUGCACCUGUGCAGAGAUCGUCGCCGCCACUCAGGAUGGUGACAAAUUCGUGUCCCCUACAGGUGUGCUUUUUUCACAAGUCACCUUGGUCGGUCUGAUUCGGUCUGUUAACGAAUCCGCGACUCGUAUCGAUUACGAAGUUGAUGACUACACUGGACCCUCUGUUUUAGUCAAACAGUUUAUUGAUGAUGAUGCAAGAUUUGAAUCCUCUGCAGAGUCAGGCGGCUGCCGUACGCUUAGGGAGCUUACUUAUAUUCGUGUCUAUGGUCAUGUACGUAGCUUCCAGGGCGAUAUCAACGUUGUUGCGUUCAAGGCCUUUCCCGUGACAGACAUGAAUGAAAUAACGUGUCACAUUUUGGAAACUAUUUACGUUCGGAUGCUACAUGCCAAAGUAGCAAGCAGCCAGACUAAAGAAGAUACUGUCCCAAAAGACUCCAUCACAAACUCGACAACUAACAUUCGCGGGUUGACUGCACUACAAUCCCAAGUUUUGUCUUGUGUGCGAGCUGCGUUGGACGAUAAUGGGGCCACGGUAUCACAGAUUUGUGAAAAAUUGAGGGGUGUCCCUGAGAAACAAAUUCGAGACGAUCUGGAUUUUCUCAGCGCUGAAGGACAUGUCUAUUCGACCGUGGAUGACAACCAUUUCAGAGUUACUGAGAAGUAA